CCGCCCCCGGUGACGCGGCGGGGGCGUGGCCUGCGCGUGGGCCCGGCCGGUGCGAGCGUUCGGGGCGGCGGCGCGCGAGCGGCGGCAUCAUGGGGGCCCAGCUGAGCACGUUGGGCCAAGUGGUCCUGUCCCCGGUCUGGUUCCUCUACAGCCUGUUCAUGAAGCUCUUCCAGCGCUCGGCCCCGGCCAUCACCCUCGAGAGCCCCGACAUCAAGUACCCGCUGCGGCUCAUCGACCGGGAGGUCAUCAACCAUGACACCCGGCGGUUCCGCUUUGCCCUGCCCACGCCCGAGCACAUCCUGGGCCUCCCCAUCGGCCAGCACAUCUACCUCUCGGCUCGCGUGGACGGGAACCUGGUCAUCCGGCCCUACACACCCGUGUCCAGUGAUGAUGACAAGGGCUACGUGGACCUGGUCGUCAAGGUCUACUUUAAGGACACCCACCCCAAGUUUCCCGCCGGAGGGAAGAUGUCCCAGUACCUGGAGGCCAUGAAGAUCGGGGACACCAUCGAGUUCCGGGGCCCCAACGGGCUGCUGGUCUACCAGGGCAGAGGCAAGUUCGCCAUCCGUCCGGACAAGAAGUCCAGCCCGGUGGUGCGGACCGUGAAGUCCGUGGGCAUGAUCGCGGGAGGCACAGGUAUCACCCCGAUGCUGCAGGUGAUCCGCGCCGUCAUGAAGGACCCUGAUGACCACACCGUGUGCCACCUGCUCUUCGCCAACCAGACAGAGAAGGACAUCCUGCUGCGGCCGGAGCUGGAGGAACUGAGGAACGAGCACCCCACGCGCUUCAAGCUCUGGUACACGGUGGACAAGGCCCCCGAAGCCUGGGACUACAGCCAGGGCUUUGUGAACGAGGAGAUGAUCCGGGCGCACCUGCCCGCGCCGGAGGAGCAGCCGCUGGUGCUGAUGUGCGGGCCCCCGCCCAUGAUCCAGUACGCCUGUCUGCCCAGCCUGGAGCGCGUGGGCCACCCCACGGAGCGCUGCUUCGCCUUCUGAGCGGGGUCUGCUGGGGGGGGUGCCUGGCCCCCCCACACACACCGCAGGGCAACGCUGCCUGCACCCCACGCCCUCACAGAGGGCCCAGAAUCGGCCCUGAGCUGCGGCUGCGGGGGACCCCACGCACCUCACGCCUCCCCCUUAACAGACCAUGAGGGGUUCCCAUGG